UUUAUAAAAAAUCAUUUAGUUAAAUAUAAACAAAAUAAUUAUUACUACAACGUAAAUAUGACGACAACGACAACAAAAACAACAACAUUGUUAAACAUUGCCGAUAUUGAAGCCGAAGCCAAUCGGCUUAUGGAGCCCGGGAUCAGAAGUUAUCUCAACGAAGGUGUGCUCAACAAUGAGACACUGGAGGCCAACAUUGAUGCGUUCAAAUGGUUGCGCAUACGGCCCCGGUAUAUGGUGGACGUAUCACAGCGUAACCUAAGUGUCAAAGUGGUCGGCGGCGAUACCAUACCGAUGCCGAUAGCAGUGUCGCCAUUUGGUCUGAACAAACGUUUUCAUCCGGACGGCGAGUUCGCAACCGGCAAAGGUAUUCGUCAAAAGGGCACAGUUAUGAUUGUUAGCAGUGGGUCUACAAUAUCAAUUGAAGAGUUGGCCACUGCCGAACCCGAUCUAAUCAAAUGGUUUCAGAUGUUUAUAUAUCGUGACCGUAAUAUGACAAUUGAUUUGGCUCAGCGAGCAAAACAAGCAGGUUUUCGGGCACUGGUACUGACUGUAGAUCAUAACAAAAUGGGGCUCAGGUAUCACAAUGAGAAGAAUAAGUACAGUGACGCUUACGGCAGAGCCAACUAUAAGCCGUAUAAUGUUCCCGGACUGACCAAAGAUGUGGCCAAAGAUACGACUUGGAAGGACAUCCAAUGGAUAAAGAACGAGAUCGGACUACCCAUUGUUAUCAAAGGCAUAGUUACGGCUGAAGACGCCCGGCUGGCCGUCAAUAACGGUGCCGAUGCUAUACUAGUGUCAAAUCACGGCGGACGACAAUUAGACGGAUCGCCGGCUACUUUGGAAGCGCUUCCGGAGAUUGUGGAAGAGGUUGGCCGUGAGGUAGACGUCUAUAUGGACGGCGGUGUCCGUACCGGUGCCGAUGUGUUCAAAGCGUUAGCCAUUGGCGCCAAAGUUGUGUUUGUUGGUCGACCCGUGUGUUGGGGACUCGUAUGCAAUGGCUCCGAUGGUGUCAAACAAGUGUUGGACAUUUUGCACAAUGAAUUAGACAAUUAUAUGACAAUUGCCGGCACACCCACUGUCGGGGAUAUUACUAGAAAUCAUGUCCGAUAUGUUAAUCAUUAUCGCAAUAAUUUAAAGAUAUUAACAAAAUAA